GGGCUGACGGGAUUGUGGCGGUCCUCUCGCCCAGCUCCGAAGCUACCGCUGCCCCCCGACGCUCUCAAAAUGGCCACCUCUCUGGGUUCCAACACCUACAACAGGCAGAACUGGGAGGAUGCGGACUUCCCGAUUCUGUGCCAGACGUGUCUUGGAGAAAACCCAUAUAUCCGAAUGACCAAAGAAAAGUACGGGAAAGAAUGCAAAAUCUGUGCCAGGCCAUUCACAGUAUUCCGGUGGUGUCCUGGGGUCCGCAUGCGCUUCAAGAAGACUGAAGUGUGCCAGACCUGCAGUAAACUGAAGAAUGUCUGUCAGACCUGCCUCUUAGACCUAGAGUAUGGCCUGCCCAUCCAGGUUCGUGAUGCGGGACUGUCUUUUAAAGAUGACAUGCCAAAAUCAGAUGUCAAUAAAGAGUACUACACACAGAAUAUGGAGAGAGAAAUUUCUAACUCUGAUGGAACACGGCCAGUUGGCAUGCUGGGAAAAGCCACAUCCACCAGUGACAUGCUGCUUAAACUGGCCCGAACCACUCCCUACUACAAAAGGAAUCGACCCCACAUUUGCUCCUUCUGGGUGAAAGGAGAGUGUAAGAGAGGAGAGGAGUGUCCAUACAGACAUGAGAAGCCCACUGACCCAGAUGACCCCCUUGCUGAUCAGAAUAUUAAAGACCGGUAUUAUGGAAUCAAUGACCCUGUAGCAGAUAAGCUUCUAAAGCGGGCUUCAACGAUGCCUCGUCUAGACCCCCCAGAGGAUAAGACUAUCACCACGCUCUAUGUCGGUGGUCUGGGGGAUACCAUUACUGAGACAGAUCUCAGAAAUCAUUUCUACCAGUUUGGAGAGAUCCGGACAAUCACUGUUGUACAGAGGCAACAGUGUGCUUUCAUCCAGUUUGCCACAAGGCAGGCUGCAGAAGUGGCUGCUGAGAAGUCCUUUAAUAAGUUGAUUGUCAAUGGCCGCAGACUAAACGUGAAAUGGGGAAGAUCCCAGGCAGCUAGGGGAAAAGAAAAAGAGAAGGAUGGAACCACAGACUCUGGGAUCAAGCUAGAGCCCGUUCCAGGACUGCCAGGAGCUCUUCCUCCUCCUCCUGCAGCAGAAGAAGAAGCCUCCGCCAACUACUUCAACCUGCCCCCAAGCGGUCCUCCCGCAGUGGUGAACAUUGCCCUGCCACCGCCCCCUGGAAUUGCCCCCCCACCGCCCCCAGGUUUUGGACCCCACAUGUUCCAUCCAAUGGGACCACCCCCUCCUUUCAUGAGGGCUCCAGGACCAAUUCACUAUCCUUCUCAGGAUCCUCAACGGAUGGGAGCUCACGCCGGAAAACACAGCAGCCCCUAGCACAUUAUCACUACUCCGGAGCUCUGUGGAAGAUAGGGCGCUUUAAAAUCCCAGUACACGAAUACUGGAAUAAACACGAUUUUCCUCCAUUUGUAGUUUCCACGGUAGCUGAAUGUUUUCAGAUACGGACAAUUGGAAAAUGACAGCCAUGCUUCCUUACACGUACCCCAGGAUCACUGGACCUCACUCAGAUGAGCUGCCAUGAACACAGCUGGUGACUGCAAUAACACUGCUAAGAAACCUAAUGCCUGUUUCUCUUAAUCUGCACAGGGACAAGCAGAUGAGUCAGUUGGGUUGUCCAACAGUUACCACCCCAAUUCUAUGUUCAUUUUGUAUCUUUUUAUGUGAGGGGCAAAAUAGACCUGUGGUUUUAAAAAAUCCUUUUGACCAUUUUUAUGACUAUUGAGUAUUUUCUUUUUUAUCAUCUAAAAAAAUUUAGUACUAAUCAUUGUAGUGGCAUAAGUGAUUUAAUGAUUUAACUCUUGAAGUCACACCCUCAAACAAGCAGAAACCAACACCCAGCACAUCCCAGUUUUUCUUUCUGUUCCUUUUUCUCAAGUAUUACAGGAAUCUGAUAGUUUUACUUUUUUCCACUACCAAAAAAAGGACAAAAGUAAAAAUUACUUUUUAUUCCUAUCAGAUGAAAUACAGACUUUAUGGAGCUGUGUAUCAUUGAAGAAACCCGGUGUCUGGGAAAGCUUCCUAUAAAACACAAUAACAAACU